AUGCCUUAUGGAGGUGUGCCAAAGAAUAGGAACAGCAGCAGCAGCAGCAACAGCAGCAGCAGCAGCAGAAACAGCAACAGCACCAUACGCGCAGUCCCAGAAAGCAAACCUUCUGACGACCCGCCUAACAGCAGCAGAGCAGCAGCAACAUCUGUGCUGCACUGCUGCAACAGCACCAGCGCUGCUGUCACUGCAGCAAACGAAGCAGCACUUGCUGCAGCUACUGCAGCAGCAGAUAUAGACACUGCAGCAGAAGCAGGAACCGUGCUGCUGGAUCCAGCGCCCUCGUUGAACCCAACGCAGUCGAAGGAGAAUAACACCUGCAGCACCACCGGCAGCAGCAGCGAGAAGAACAGCAGCAGCAGCAGCAAGGAGAACAGCAGCAGCAAGAACAUCUCAGCCUUGACCCCAGGACGGCAUGCGAAGCGGUUUAGGCGUACCCUUACCGCAGUAGCAGCAGUAGCAGAAGCAGCAGCAGCAGCAGCAGCAGCCGUAUCACCAACAGCAGCAGCUGCGUGA